AUGGAGGCGGAAGAGGCGCUCGCGGGCAGUGAGGCAGCGGCAAAGCAGGCCUACUUGAACCCUUGGGUGAUCGUCGCUUCCUCAUCCUCCGCGAUCUCAGCGAGGGUCUUCACCCAUCCUCUGGAUACGAUUCGGAUACGGAUACAGACGGCUGGACACCCGGUGCCGCCGCUCAGGGAGCUCGUUCCUGCGCCGAGAGUGAGGGGACUGUAUGCCGGCCUACCCGUUGCGAUCGGUUUCUCCGUACCCGCUCUCUCCGUCUACCUCGCAACCUACGAAGCCUCAAAGCGAUACUUUAGCGAGAAGUUCCUGCCGCAAGACCGCGAAGCGUCGCUCCUCCAGCAGAUCCCGGUUUUUGUGGCAGCAGGAACUGCGGCAGAAUUCGCGUCCGGCGCGAUCUGGACACCCCUAGACGUCCUCAAAUCCCGCCUUCAGACCGGCCGAGAAGGCACCUCCGCCGUCGCCCUCACCCGCAAGAUUAUCAAGAACGAAGGCUGGAUGGGCCUGAUGCGAGGGUACUGGAUGGGAACUGCCAUCUUCGUACCCAAUAUCUCGGUGUACUGGUGUAUCUACGAGUCGCUCAAGAUGCGCUUCAUCCCCAACUACUCGUCCUACCGACCGUCCUCCGCCUCUUCGCCUACCUCCGCUCAAUCCGACUCGCCUUCCAUUUCUCCAACAUCCUCUGCAUCCGCCGACACCGCCACCGAAUCAACCGGCAUCCCCGUCACCCUCCGCUACACCCUCUGCUCCGUCUCAGCCGUCGCCGUCGCAGCCUGCACGACCUCGCCAAUCGAAGUCAUACAAGCGCGGUGGCAGACAUCAGGAGGGACUGUCAAGGGCGGUAUCAGCCAAAUCGUGCGGGACUUGUGGCGGCAGGAGGGAGCGAAGGCGUUCACGAGGGGGUUGGGCAUUCGAGUGGCUUAUGCGAUUCCGGCGAAUGGCAUCUCCAUGACGAUCUACGAGUCCAUCAAGCGGUGGAAGGGACUCAGCUAG